GCGCGACCAUUGUAUUCAAGGAAGAAAAGGGAAUCCGUGGCAACGGGAUCCGAUCUUCAAUACCCCACCUUUUUCUCACCUCUCUUUUUUUUUUGUUCACGAACUCAAUUAAACGAAGCUACGACAAUUUCCCACGUCGAUAAGAAUUAGGAGACCUUUUUAAUCCAGAAAACCGAAAAUACGCACCCCGCCAUCUUUUCGCAAAUCAGCUUUUCGCCUGCUUAUUUUCCGUCGCAUCGCAGCAACGAAUUAAUUUUGCAAAACAAUCUCAUCCACAUCUUACAACAUCAUUUCAGUUAAUUGUUAGUUUGCAAUGGCUGAUACUUCUGCCAAUUCUCAGCUACCUCCCCCGCCGCAGCCUAAUGCUGGCGCGCCUGGAUUUGACAACCAAAAUGGCCAGGCUAAUCCUACCCACAUGCCUCCGCCGCCUCUCCACAUCCCGCCGAAUACCAAUCCCAUCCCUACAGCCAUCACCUCUCCUAUGUCUGCUGUCGACAAGGGAGGAGUUAUGUCUCCUAACAGUGGAGGCCCCUUCCCGCGACGUGCGGCUCCCGAACCUAACAAGCGCGCCUUGUAUGUAGGUGGUCUUGACCCUCGCGUGACAGAGGACGUCCUGCGCCAGAUCUUUGAGACUACCGGGCAUGUUCAGAAUGUUAAGAUAAUUCCAGACAAGAACGGAUACAACUAUGGUUUUGUCGAAUACGAUGACCCCGGUGCAGCUGAACGUGCUAUGCAGACAUUAAAUGGUCGACGUGUCCACCAAGCUGAGAUUAGAGUCAAUUGGGCCUAUCAGUCCAAUACUACCAACAAGGAGGACACAUCGGGCCACUUCCACAUUUUCGUUGGUGACUUAUCCAAUGAAGUCAACGAUGAAGUUCUAUUGCAAGCCUUUUCGGCGUUUGGAACCAUCUCGGAAGCCCGUGUUAUGUGGGACAUGAAGACUGGACGUUCUCGCGGCUAUGGCUUUGUCGCUUUCCGAGACCGUGCGGAUGCUGAGAAGGCCUUGAGUUCGAUGGACGGAGAGUGGCUGGGCUCUCGUGCAAUUCGAUGCAACUGGGCCAACCAGAAAGGGCAGCCUUCAAUGGCUCAACAGCAGGCGAUGCAGGCUAUGGGCAUGACACCUACUACCCCCUAUGGUCACCACCAUUUCCCUACCCAUGGAAUUCAGAGCUACGAUAUGAUCGUCAAUCAGACACCAGCUUGGCAGACAACCUGUUAUGUUGGCAAUCUGACCCCAUACACCACCCAAAACGAUGUCGUGCCCCUUUUCCAGAACUUUGGUUACGUUACGGAAUCCCGAUUCCAAGCCGAUCGAGGUUUUGCAUUCAUCAAGAUGGACACCCACGAGAAUGCCGCGAUGGCCAUCUGCCAAUUAAACGGAUACAAUGUCAACGGUCGACCUCUAAAGUGCAGUUGGGGUAAGGACAAAACCCCCAAUGCCCAAGGGGGCUUCGAUCCUUCACAACAGGCAUUUAGCCCUCAGAGCGCUCAGGCGUCUGCAUACCCAGGUACGCCCUCGACAUUUUUCCCACAGUAUGGAGCAGGUCAGUAUGGUGGUCAGCAGCAACCCUACGGUGGACCGCCAGCCCAGUCGCCUGCCGGUUAUGGAGCGCAGCCCAUGGGUUAUGGCGGUCCGCCGAGCGCGGGGGGUUACGGACGCGGUCAACAGCCGCCUAACCAGCCGUGGACGCAACCACCACCUACCCAGAGUUUCAACAGUGGAUAUCCUGGAUACCAGGGUUAGUUGGUCCUAAGGAGGGGGUUGAUUUUUUCUUUGGUGGAGCGUCUGGUUAACAAGUUCCCUUCUCGGAUGUGCACGCCACUUACAUUCCCCCCUAUUCUAAGUCUGGUUGCUCAGUAGAUGAAUGCACGUUUUUGAGCAUGGACCCUCUAGGUAUUUUCGAUGGAACGCAAGCCACACCUAUUGUGGAUUUUUCUCUUUAGAUGACGCAUUCCAGUUUUUUGCUUGUUACUUUCUACUUUUUAACAUUUUCUCUCUUUUGCUAUUUUUGUGGUUGUGAUUCUAGCUCGGAUUCUUGAAAGUCUAGGGCACUGUUUGUUGUUUGGUUCCGUUCCUAAAAAGAAAGAAGUUUCUGGCAUUUCCUUAAACGCUUUUUUGAUACCUCCGAGCAUUUAUUGAUACCGGCGCAACGAUUUUCCCGCGUUGAGCCUGACGAAGUCACGGCGCUAUUAUUCUUCUCUUAACCCCCCCCUUUUUUUCAGGCUGUGGAAGCUGGCUUCUUGAUGGCCCACAAGGGACCAAAUUCUUCUCUCUUCUCUUUUGACCAGGAAAAAAAAGGUGACGUAGAGGUUUGUUAUUGUUACGAUACCUC